AUGAGACCAGUCUUUAGAUCAUCAUUGUCUCUCAGUAGAGUUAGAUGGGCUUUAAGGAAUCAACAACGUUAUUCCUCAACUUUCUCCUCAAAGAGCCCUAAACUUUUGGUUGGUGUCAAUCAAAACGAAGCAUUUGUGAACACAAACACUUAUAACUCAACUCUGUAUUCGAGGUUAAGUUUCUCUAGAGGUUUAUCAGCAGAGGCAAUAGAAGCAGCUGACUCUGUUAGACUCACUGUCUCAUCCUCAGCAGAUGUGAAGAGAACAGGACCGCUUGUUGAGUAUGAGAGACGAAUCAGUAAUGGCGAGCUCAUGACUGGUGAUAUCUGCCAACUAGGUGCAUUGAAAGAGCUUCAGAGACUACAUGAUCAGCUUGUGGAAUCAGUAGAUACAUGUCGUCUAGAUCGUUACAACACUUCUGAUAAAUCAUCAAGCAGAAGCCGUUGGUUCUGGUCUAGGUUCAUGCCAGAGUCAUCUGUCUCACCUGUCAAAGGAUUGUAUCUCUAUGGAGGUGUAGGCACAGGAAAAACAAUGUUGAUGGACUUAUUCUUUGAUCAAUUGCCUGACACUUGGAAGAAGCAGAGGAUACAUUUCCAUGAUUUCAUGUUGACUGUCCAUAGUAGAUUACAAAAACAUAAGGGUUUAUCAGAUCCACUUGAAGUUGUGGCACAAGAGAUAGCUCAUGAUGCAAUCUUGCUAUGUCUAGAUGAGUUCAUGGUAACUGAUGUUGCAGAUGCUCUGAUACUUAACAGACUCUUUGGACAUCUCUUCAGCAAUGGCAUUAUUCUUGUUGCUACAUCAAAUAGGAAUCCUGAUAAACUCUAUGAAGGAGGACUACAAAGAGAUCUCUUCCUACCUUUUAUUGCCUCACUAAAGGAAAGAAAUGUGGUUCAUGAGAUUGGCUCAGCCGUUGACUACCGUAAACUAACUUCGGCUGAGCAAGGAUUCUAUUUCAUCGGUAAAGAUCUUUCCACCCUUUUGAAACAGAAGUUUCAAGAACAUAUUGGAGGAAAUGUUGUUGCACGUCCACAGGAAGUAGAAGUGGUUAUGGGAAGAAAGUUACAGGUUCCAUUAGGUGCUAAGGGAUGUGCAUACUUCCCUUUUGAAGAGUUAUGCGACCGACCUCUUGGAGCUGCUGAUUACUUCGGAUUGUUCAAGAAGUUUCAUACUCUUGCAUUGGAAGGAGUACCUGUCUUUGGGCUUCAUAACAGGACUGCUGCUUAUAGAUUCGUCACGCUAGUGGAUGUGAUGUAUGAGAACAGAGCAAGGUUGUUGUGUACAGCUGAAGCAACUCCUCAAGAACUCUUGGAAAAGAUUGUAACAAUCUCUGACGCUAAAUCAAUGUCUCCAAGAACAUCGUCUAGAUCAAGAAAGAACGAUGUCUCUGAGCUCUGCGUGGACAAUGAGUUAGGUUUUGCAAAAGAUAGAACCAUCAGUAGAUUAACAGAAAUGAACAGUAAAGAGUACUUGGAGCAGCAUGCCACAACACACAAUCUGUAA